UAAACUGAUUAUUUGUUUGUAGGGUGAAUAGCUGGCUAUAAGCUAGGCCUGUAACGACAAUGUAUGGGUGGCAUGGGUAAUGGGUAAUACCUGAGCCACAUUUGAAUAUAGAACUUUACAUUGAAUUGGUAUCAGAUAUACGGCAGUUGACUGCAGGCGACAGCCUUCUCAAGCCGUUCAACCAUUUAGACUACAAGAAAGCGGCGUUAUUUUGGAACUUACGCUUUUUGCUCGUUAAAUGCUAAAUAGCUCUGACCCAGGGAGAAGUGUCGCCUUCCUUCGCUACUGGCCCAGUGUACAGAUUGUCCAGCACCGAAACUACCGUGAACAACAAGUGUGUUGUGUUUCCGUGUACGUCUCCGUGGCUGCCCAUUUAACUACAACACGGAACAAGGAAACACCUGAUGCCCUGCAGUUGCGCAUCUUUCACUGACUCUCAUACCACUCGUUUCCCUCUUGACAACAAUACGUCCCAGAGUCCACAAAUACCAACUGAUCUCAUCAUAGGACAAUGUCUGAGGGUAAAACGGUCACUUCCAAGGCUGUGGAGCUGGAGCCCCCAGAACUAGGACCAGAGACCCAGUCCUCCUCUCGUCUGGACCCGACCCAGACCUCCCCUCGGCCCCAGAGUCAACCUGACCCCCAGAGCAACCAGCCGCCCCAGAGUCAACCUGACCCCCAGAGCAACCAGCCGCCCCAGAGUCAACCUGACCCCCAGAGCAACCAGCCGCCCCAGAGCAACCAGCCGCACCAGAGCAACCAGCCGCACCAGAGCCCCCAGGCCCAGAGCCCCCAGGCCCAGAGUCCCCAGGUCCCAGAGAGUGGUCAUCCCGAGGUAGAGACAGAGGAGAGUGGGUGUGCUGCCCCUACACCUGAUACUGGAGCUGGAGCUAGGGAUGUAGCUGGAGCUAGGGAUGUAGCUGGAGCUAGGGAUGUAGCUGGAGCUAGGGAUGUAGCUGGAGCUAGGGAUGUAGCUGGAGCUAGGGAUGUAGCUGGAGCUAGGGAUGGAGCUGGAGCUAGGGGAUGUAGCUGGAGCUAGGGAUGGAGCUGGAGCUAGGGAUGGAGCUGGAGCUAGGGAUGGAGCUGGACCCGGGGAUGGAGCUGGACCCGGGGCCAAGGGGAACCGUUGGACUUCUGCACUAAAUCAGUUCAAACUCAAGAGGUUCUUUGUUUUGAGGCCUGGGACCCUGGACCAAUCCCUAGAAGACAUCAAGGCGCUGAUCAAUGAGGAGGACGGAUCCGUCCACGGUGUCUGGCUCAUGGCUGAGGUUGACCAUUGGAACAACGAGAAAGAGCGUGUAGUUCUGAUCACAGACAACUCCCUGCUGGUCUGUAAGUACGACUUCAUCAUGCUCAACAUUGAGCAGAUACAGAAAAUCCCUCUCAACUUCAUAGACCGCAUCUCCCAUGGCAACUUCAGCUUCCCCCAGCGGUCUCUCCUCAAGUGA